AUGUUCAAGAAGGCCAGCUUCUUCAGUUAUGGCGGUAUUCAGCUCCUGAGUCCGUCCAUCACGACUCUGCCACCCACUCGCGCGAGCUUCGGUGCUUCAUGCCCUGGACUCUGGACAUCCCGGUCCAAUCGAGGUUAUGCCACAGCGUCGGAUACCUCGGAUCAGCCAUAUUCCUGGCCCUCGAGCUCGUCCUUCACUCCAUAUGAAGUCCUCAACCUCCAUCGCAACGCCCCAUACUCCAAAGCUCGGUACUAUGAUCUGGUAAAGAUCUACCAUCCAGAUCGGCCAUGUGACGAGCACCCUCUCUGUCGAAAUAUUACUCCCGAAGCUCGUCUACAACGGUAUCAUAUUGUGGUCACCGCACAUGAAAUACUCUCCGAUCCGACCAGACGAGCUGCCUACGAUCAAACGGGAGCCGGAUGGAACCACAAUCCUAAACGGUAUAACACCGUAGCCGAUGCAUCAGCCGAUUGGGGACCCUAUGGGCCUACUAUCUAUGCAAAUGCGACGUGGGAAGACUGGGAACGAUGGAAUAAUCGCCAUCAAGGGAAACAGCAACACGUUGUUGACCAACGUACCUUUACCCGGCUCGUCAUUCUGCUCGUUCUGUUCGGCGGUGCCGUACAAGCUUCCUGGAUUGGACAAUUGAAUUCAGGAUAUGAGCAGCGUUUGCGCGAGGUAAGCGAGGAUUCGAUGCGGUUCUUGACUGGCCGUCGACAGCACACGGUCGCUCAGAUGCCGCACAAUGACGCUCGAGUGCAGAGUUUCCUCAUUCGUAGAGAUCCGACCGGCUCGGGUCUGAAGGAAGAAGAAGAGGCUGUUUAUCAAAAAGAACUGCAUCCUCUCCGUGGAGUGCCCGAUGUUCAACAAGCGCGAGAUCGCCUGAGCAGCCCGGAGACUGUGGGGGCUGCACCACUAGUUCAUGCCGAGAGAUCAGAGGAUCUUUCCCCACAACCUUGA